CUCCGCGCGGCACCGGGGCUGCAAGAUGCCGCGCUCGUUCCUGGUGAAGAAGCACUUCUCGGCCAGCAAGAAGCCCAACUACAGCGAGCUGGAGAGCCAGGCCGUUCUGGCCGCCCCGCUGCUGUACGAGACGUGCCCGCUGCCCGUCAUCCCCCCGCCCGAGGUGCUCGGCCCCGGAGCCUACUACCCUCCGCUGGUGUGGGACGCGGGGCUGCUGUCCAGCCUGUUCCCGGGCGGCCCGGGCAGCGAGGCUGCGGGCGGCGCCGCGCCCGCCCUGGACCUGACGGCGCUCUCCAGCGAGGAGGAUGAAGGCAAGAGCUCGGGGCCGCCCAGCCCGGCCUCGGCCCCCGCCGCCGCCGAGCGCUUCCGCUGUGCCCAGUGCGCCAAGGCGUACUCCACCUUCGCCGGGCUCUCCAAGCACAAGCAAUUGCACUGCGACGCCCAGGCCAGGAAAUCCUUCAGCUGCAAGUACUGUGAGAAGGAGUACGUGAGCCUGGGGGCUCUCAAGAUGCACAUCCGGAGCCACACGCUGCCCUGCGUCUGCAAGAUGUGCGGGAAGGCGUUCUCCCGGCCCUGGCUGCUGCAGGGCCACAUCCGGACGCACACUGGUGAAAAGCCCUUUUCCUGUACACACUGCAACCGGGCCUUUGCUGACCGCUCUAAUCUCCGCGCCCACCUGCAGACCCAUUCAGAUGUAAAGAAGUACCAGUGCAAAACCUGCUCCCGGACUUUCUCCCGCAUGUCGCUGCUCCACAAGCACGAGGAGACGGGCUGCUCCGGCUCUCGCUGAGGACUCUGCUCCCCAGGCCUCUCCCAUCACCAAUUCCCAUAUUCUCACUAGUUUCUGUAGGAGUUAGUUUCCUCCGUGGCCAUCGCAGCGUGCGCCGGGCCGGACGCUGCUCCUCUGGCCCCUCGCCCUCCUCACUUGGUGCCUCCAGUGCAAUGCAAGAGCCCGACCAUGAAGGAUGCUGGGUUGGAAGGGACCCGUCAGGAUGAUCGAGUGUGAUUCCUGGCCCUGUGCGGGACACCCCAGAACCCCGCCGUGUGCCUGGGAGCUUGCUGAGCUUGGUGCUGUGGCCCAGCCUGGCGCCGGGGGUGCAGCCUGCGCUCCGUGCCCGCUGUGCGAGCCUCGGGGGUCACGGUGCUGCCCUCGGCACCUUGCAGGGCUGGACCUGCACCCUCCAACACUGCGACCAUGUAGCUGGGAGGGGGUUGGGGGGUUUGGGUUCUAUUUGUUGGGUUUUGUUGUUUUGUUUUUUUUUUUCUUUUUUGUAACACCGUAACCACUUGGUAACUUUUAGGAACCAGUAUUUUUUUAAUGAAGGACAAGACACUCCCCCCGUACCCCGAGUGUAUAUAACCCGCCUGUAGAAGGUGUAACUAUGCAAUAAUACAGUAUCCCAGUAGUUGUGAAGCAGCUGCUUCUCCCCAGCACAAUGACAAUUUGCAAUGCCUGCGAGAUUAACAGUGUCCAUGAAAGGCAGGGGUAGCCAUUUCAAACCCCAGCCCUGUUUACAGAGCAGCUAUGCACUCAAGCACCUGUUAAUAUGACUCUUAACAACUGCUUUUCAAGAGAACUGUGACUAAUAGCAGGCACUUGUCAGCUGAUACAAUGGUGGCCUGUCCCAAGGCCGUCCAUCGACAGGUGUGUGCCAAAAGCCCUAUUUAUGGGUAUUGACAGGUGCCUCCUGAAUGCAUCUUUCUUUGGACAUUGUUUUCAUGGAACCAUUACAAAGAGGAUGUUUACAUUUCAAAGGUACACUGGUAUUUAUAUUUUUGUGCCACAAUUUUGUACUGAUGAAACUUUUUAUAUAAUGAUAUACAAUUUAUUGAUAUUCAAUAAAAUCGUUAAUUUA